AUGUCCGAUAGCGGUUCGGAUUCAAAAGAUGAUGGACUUCAUCAUCAAAUGAUCGAAGACCAAGAUGAAAUGGUCAACAGAAUGCUUCUGCCAUCACAUCCAAAUUUCGAUAGAAGGGAACACACAUCUGAAGAAUUUAUAGAGCUUCUACUUUCCGAGAUUAACGACUUAAAGAUAGCUUUGAAGUCUAAAGAUAUCAUGAUUACAAACUUCCAAGCUCAAUUGGAGCAUUUUAAUGUUGAUUCAACAGGUGUCCUAAUCGCCAAUACCCACAGCCAUCUGAGGACUCCUGAUGAGGAUGUCCCCCAACGCUCUGCGCGAAGAAAGCUUAGCCAAAAAGGUCCCGAAGAAGCAGUGAGCAGUGCUGAAUCAGAUUCUAGAAGAGAGAGUAUUGCUUCGAUUACAUCGAAUGGGCCAAUCGCGGCCAUCGAUGGAAUGCCACUUUCUAGCAAUUUCAGAUCUGAGCUUUCUGCUGCCCUUGGAAUCACAACUUCAAAUGAACUAUCUCCACAAACUUCACGACAUGACUUGAAUGUACCGGGACUUGAUGAAACUCCUCGAAUAUUGAACUCUGAUGAUGUUGUAGAUUUGACAGUGUUAAAUACAAAUAUUCAGGGUGUUGAAUUCGAUCAAAAUGCGUCAAACAAAGAUGUUGAAGGGACAGCGAACGAAUUGGUUUCCUCUCGGAAGGCAAGUAACCCUUCAGUGAAUUCUUACAAAUCCAGGAUUAAACUACCCCCAACACUCAAACAACCAGAUUUGACAUGCAACGCUCCUUCUACACCAUUGAUCAACCAGGAAAGCCACCCUAUGAAUAAUCAGAUUUCUUUCAAGAAUAAAGCAGACCUUGCGGCUGAGGCAGCUAAGAACCAAGAACCAAGACUUCCACUUACUCCAGAUGGACUCUCAAGCAAUGGAAAAUUCUUUGCGCGGACCGAAGCUUCUGGUCAAUUGUCGGAGGAUUCUCACAGCUAUUUUGGUUCUCCAUUUACCAACUCACCUCCUAAUUCAAGCAUGACUCCCACAACUAACUCGAAUAUGGAAAUUUCUAAAACGCCAAACACACAUACAUUUGCAUCCACAGAUUCAUUUCAUAGCUACCAGAGACCAUCUUCUCAAACUCCCGGCUCAAGUUUCCACGUCCUCUCCACUCCUAAGCUUGAGGAUGAAAGUGUAGAGCUUUUUAUCAAGCCAGAAGAGUUUCAAUCUAUCAGAAUUCAUGUCGUGAGUACUAUUUCUGCUAACACAAAGAAGGCAGAUGAUCCUAAUUGCACAUUAUCAAUCAAUGAUAAGGAAACAAGCAAAGAAAUGUGGAGAAUUAGAAAAACAUUGAGUCAAUUGGUAGCAUUUGACGCUGAAAUACGACCAGUGGUCGAGUUUUUUGGCUUACCACCGUUGCCAGAAAAGUCAUUAUUCAGCUCUACUACUCCACUGAAGGUAGAUUCUAGGCGAAUUUCUCUUCAGAACUACUUUAAUACGUUAUUUGUGAUGCCACACGUUCCACGACUGGUCUUGUUUCGAAUUUGUCGGUUUCUAUCUCUCGACUUUGUAAAUCUUCUUGACGAUUUCAGAACUGGGGCGAAAAAGGAAGGCUUCCUUAUACGUCGAUAUAAAGGCUUGGGUCUCGGUACGGCUUGGAAAGUUCGAUGGUGUCAAGUCGAUGGGCCAGAACUAGAGAUAUAUGACUCACCUGGUGGAAAUUUAUUGGAACUGAUAAAGCUUAUUGGUUCACAAAUUGGACGCCAGUCUUCGGAUACCGUCGCAGAACAACGAGGGUAUCGGCACGCUUUCCUUAUAUUGGAGAAUGCUAAAAUAUCCAAACUUUCCGCCUCGUCUUCCAAACAUUUCUUUUGUUCUGAGUCUGACAGCGAAAGAGAUGAAUGGGUUGCCGCUAUGGUUGAGUACACUGAGAAUGACCCACUUGCUAGUAAUGACGACCAGAAUUCUUUACAAGAAUUGGAUAGUCCACAUGUCAUGUUAAAUGAAGACUUUGAUCAAUCAAAUCGAUACUUAUCGGGCACAAGUUCGAACUAUGCACAUCUGUCGUUUGAGGCAGACUCAAGUUUUGUGACGAUUCUCGAUGAGUCACAAAGGGAAGCUAAGAGAGCAACGAGAAAGAAGAGUCGCUUUCCAUUCAGAAACAGGGUUUCCACGCACAGUGAAACUCAUGUCAAUCAACAAGAAAAUCAGAUUGUGUCAAGUCCUCAACGUAGUGAACUUCCAAUGCAAACAUAUUUGGAUCAAAUGAAGCUCUCUGAUGAACCAGCUCGUGUGAUUUUUGGCAGAGAUAUCGAGGAGGCCUUCCGACUCUCCAACCAUUCCUAUAAUGGUAGACAAGUCCCAAGUAUCUGUUAUAGAUGUCUUGACUUUUUGAGCAAAACAGGUGCCGUCUAUGAAGAAGGAAUCUUUCGCUUGAGUGGCUCCGCUUCCAGUAUAAGGCAGUUAAAAGAGAAUUUCAAUUCUGUUCACGAUGUUGAUUUAUUUGAGUCUCCAUUGAGACCCGAUAUGCAUACUGUUGCAGGACUACUAAAAACUUACUUGAGGGAGUUGCCUAACCCAGUGUUUGGUAGGAAAGCUUAUUCUGAACUUCAAAGCUUGGUUUCUCAAACUGGGGGUAGUCCAAAUUCUUCGACGGUGUAUAUGAUGAGGGACUUUUUGAGAGAUUCUGGUUUGGUGAGUAAGGUCAAUUUUGACUUCUGCGUAACGAUAUUUGGAUAUUUGAGGUCCGUUAUAACCAAGAGCUCCACAAAUAAAAUGAGCUUAAGAAAUGUUUGCAUCGUUUUUGUUCCUACUUUGAACAUUUCAAUUGACAUAUUAAGUGUUUGUUUAACAGAUUUUGACUGCAUUUUUGGUAAUGGAGACCCUAUUCCCGAUGAGAAGAGGCUAGUGCUUGAUUUGCAAAUACCAACCUUUUAA